AUGUUGACUCUGACUCCUGUCUUAACUCUGUCCUAUAAAGCCAAUUCAUUUCUGUUCCUUUCAAUCCUGGAGUUUGCAGUGGGGAUCUUGGCCAAUGUAUUCAUUUUCUUGAUGAACUUUAGAAAUAUGGUAAAGAGACAGCCACUUAGCAACUGUGACCUUGUGCUGAUGUGUCUGAGCAUCUCCCGGCUUUUUCUGCAUGGGCUGCUGUUUCUCGGAGCCAUCCAGUUUACUCUCUGCCAGCAGAUGAAAGACCCACUGAAUCACAACUACCAAACUGUCAUUAUGCUGUGGAUGAUUGCACAUCAAGUCAACCUUUGGCUCACCAUCUGCCUUAGUCUCCUGUAUUGCUCCAAGAUUGUCCGUUUCUCCAACACCUUCUUCCUCUGCUGCACAGGCUGGAUCUCCAGGAAGAUCCCCCAGGUGCUCCUGUGUGCUGUUCUUUUCUCCUGCAUCUGCAUUGUCCUCUGUUUAUGGAACUUUUUUAGCAUAUCUCACUUCACAGUCACAGAUGUUAUCCAUGAACAAUCAGAACUCAAUUUGCCAAUUACAAAACUCAGUUUCUUUUAUUCAUUUAUCUUCUGCAAUGUGGGAUCUCUCUCCCCUUUCCUUUAUUUUCUAGUUUCUUUAGGGUUCCUGGUUAUCUUCCUCAGAGGUCACAUGAGAACAAUGAAAUCCCAAACCAGAGACACUCACACCUCCAGCCAGAGGCCCAUAUCAAAGCCCUCAUACACUUGACUUAGCUUCUUUCUCUGUUUCUAUGCAGUGUGGUUCUGUGCUGCUCUCAUCUCAGUGCCCUUAUUGAUACUGUGGCACAGCAAGGUUGGGGUGAUGGUUUGUAUAGGAAUGAUGGCAGCUUGCCCCUCCGGACAUGCAGUCAACCUAAUCUCGGGAAUGCCAAGCUGA